AUGUUGUAUCUCCCAUCAGAGACAAAUGACUCUGAAAUCAGGAUUGUGGUUAUUGGUAAAACCGGAGCUGGGAAGAGCGCUUCAGGAAACACUAUUCUGGGAAGGAAGGCUUUUGAGUCCAAAACAUCUGCUAAAUCACUGACAUCAAAGUGUCAGAGGGAAACAGCAGAGUUUGAUGGUCACACUCUGAGUGUGGUUGAUACCCCAGGGCUGUUUGAUACCAGGACACCUACAGAUCAGUUGAAGACAGAGAUUGCUAGAUGUAUCUCCUUGUCCUGUCCUGGUCCUCAUGUGUUCCUGAUCGUGAUCCAGCUGAACAGAUUCACAGAAGAAGAACAAAAAUCAGUCGAAAUCAUCUCAAAGAUGUUUGGGGAGCAAGCAGCGCGUUACACCAUGGCCCUGUUCACUCAUGGAGAUGACCUGGAGGCAGAUGGGAUCUCCAUAGAUAGCAUACUUGCUCAAAGUUCAGAUCUCUGCACCUUCAUCAAUCAGUGUGGGGGAGGAUAUCACGUCUUGAACAACAGAGAGCAAGAUCCAUCACAAGUCAGAGAGCUGUUAAAGAAAAUCAAUUCGAUGGUUCAGAGAAAUGGGGGGAGCUUCUACACAGAUGAGAAGUUCACAAAAGCUGGUAACGCCAUCAAAGAAGAGGUGAUACGUCUUCUGAGGGAGGAUCCAGAUAUUGCUCUAGAAAUCGCUAGUAGAAGGGCGGCAAUCCGCUGCCACAUGCAUGCUUGUCAUUCUCCACUUUAUCUGAUCCUGGCUCUGCCCAUGGAAGAGGACAAAGUACCUAACACAGAGUCGUAG